AUGGCGAGUACAUCACAAGCGAAGCGGCAAAAACGGUCUCAUAAUCAAGAUCACAUCGAAAUUGAAGACCGUGUAGGUGGAAGUUUCGAUGCGAUUUUCAUUCCCGAAUCAAAUGAUUCUGGAGAUUCUGGAGAUUCUGGCUCCGAUUCUGAAUCAGAAAAUUCCCCAAAUUUCAUUGAUGAAAUUGAAAACGAUCCGAGUACUGCAAUUCCAAAAACGUCCUAUCAAAAGAUUUUGAAUAAUUAUGAAGAAGACCAAUCAAAGUUGGAGCCAGAUCAUAAUUAUAUUUGGGAGGAUGGAGAGAAAAAAUAUUACGAAUUUCCUAAAAACGAGAUUCUACUUCCUGGUUCCUCAAGAGAAGUUAUCCGCAAUGCUUCUAAUACUCAGUUGUUCGAGUUUUUUUUUUCUGAAGAAUUGAAAAACUUCAUAGUAGAAGCUACUCGCGAGAAUAAUUUCAAUAUGACAUCGAAUGAUUUGGAUGCUUUUUUGGGAAUAAUUAUAUUGUCAAUUUUCAAUGAGAGAAAAUCCCUAAGGGACUACUGGUCUCUAGAUCCCUUGUUGAUAUGCAAUCCCAUCGCUGAAGCAAUGAGUCGCAACGAAUUUUUGAAAAUAAAAUCAAAAAUAAAAUUAUCGAAAACUCAGUGUAGAGAUGUUGAUGACAGAGCUUGGAGAGUAAGAAAAGUUCUUGAUAUUUUCAGAAAAAACAUUCUCCAGUUCGGGUUUUUCUCCACAGCUCUAUCUAUCGACGAGAUGAUGGUAAAAUUCCAUGGAAGGACUAUUUUACAGCAGUUCAUAGCCAACAAGCCGGAGCGUUUUGGAAUAAAAAUGUGGGGCAUUUGCAGCGCAGAUGGAUUUUUAUUCGAUUGCGAUAUUUAUUGUGGCAAGGGUUCAAACAUUUAUUCCGCGAACAAAGAAACCAAAUUGAAAAAAUGUGCCUUGGGGAGUCGUGUCGUUAUGCAGAUGGUUCAAAAUCUGCUUACAUCGGUUGUUCCAAAAAAAAUAAUAAAGUAUCAUUUAUACUUUGAUAAUUUUUUUACCAACCCCGACCUACUGAUUCAUCUAAAAAAUCUUGGUUUGAGAGCGACAGGUACUGUGAGAGCAAACAGAGUAAAAGUGAAAAAUGAUUUGGAUCAGAAGGUAGAGAGGGGUACAUUUUCUGCGAAGCACGAAAAAAAUAGUGGCAUGAACUUCAUCACUGUGAUGGAUUCGAAGCCGGUAUCAUUGCUCUCAACAAUCUCCGGUGUCACGCCGCUAUCAACAGUGAAACGGUUUUCCCGACAGGAAAGGGCUUCAACACAUUUACCUUUCCCUUCAGCGUUCACGGGGUACAAUAAGUACAUGGGUGGAGUCGAUCUUCACGAUGCGCAUUGCAGCAAUUUGAUGCCAUGCAUCAGAGGGAAAAAAUGGUCUUGGGCUAUUUUCACAAGGCUUAUCCAAGCAUCUAUUGCUAAUGCAACCGUUCUUCGCAAUUUGACUAGCGACGGCACAAAAGUAGGGAGUAAAGAAGUAGGACUCGAAAUCGCGACAAACUAUCUUGCAAAGGGCGGAAAGAAAAAUAAGAUAGCACACAAGAGUAUCACUGUAAAAUUGAAAAAGUGCUGUGAACACUAUCACAGAUGUGGCACAAGAACGCAGAAAAUGUGGCCCUCGAAAACCCCCACCUACAAAUUUUCACGAAAAAAUACGGAAUUCGCAAUUUCGUGUCCGCCAUAUCGGAUCCGCCAUUUUGAAUUCGGCAAAUCUGAUAACGGAUUCGUAAUCAGCGACCUCAAAAACCCUUGUAUACCGCUGGACAUGCAAAUCACAUUGAGAAAGAUAGUUUUGUCAGGAUUAGGGUCCAUGGACGCGAUUUCUUGA